CAUCAUAACAUCACAUUUAUAUAAAUGUGAGAAGUUAUGAAAUAUAAAAAUGGAAUAGGAGAUCGGAAUCAAGACGUGCAAAAUUUGCUGUCCAAAAUUAGACAACCUACGACCUGGCCACGAACUAUCGAUGCUGCCGCGUUGCCACGUGAGCCUGCCUGACGCGUUCUCCGUCUUCCUCCACUAUAUAUACCCUUUUCUACACUUCGGCGCCUCCUAUCAUCACUUCUAAAACUAUCUCCAUUAUCAUCGUCUUCGUAUUUUAUUUCUUCUUCAGGAUGAGUAAUGAUAAUGGAUCUCAAGUGUCUCAAAAGCGUGCUCCACGCUUAAAUGAAAGAAUUCUCUCAUCUAUGUCAAGGAGAUCAGUUGCUGCUCAUCCUUGGCAUGAUCUUGAGAUUGGACCUGGAGCACCGCAGAUUAUUAAUGUUGUAAUUGAGAUACCCAAAGGAAGUAAAGUGAAAUAUGAACUUGACAAGAAAACCGGUCUCAUCAAGGUUGAUCGUGUCUUGUACUCGUCCAUGGUGUAUCCUCACAAUUAUGGAUUUAUCCCUCGAACACUAUGUGAAGAUAAUGACCCAAUGGACGUUCUAGUCAUUAUGCAGGAACCUGUUGUCCCUGGUUGUUUUCUUCGAGCCAGGGCUAUAGGUUUGAUGCCUAUGAUUGAUCAGAUCAUUGCCGUGUGUGCUGACGAUCCAGAGUACCGCCACUUGACCGAUAUUAGCCAACUGCCACCUCAUCGUCUAACCGAAAUUAAAAGAUUCUUUGAAGAUUACAAGAAAAACGAGAACAAAGAGGUAGCAGUGGAUGAGUUUUUGCCUUCAGAUACUGCUAUUGACGCCAUCCAAUAUUCCAUGGACCUUUAUGCCGAGUACACUUUGUACAGCUUAAGGCAGUAAACGUAUUGACUGCUUAUGUUGGAGACAUUCGGACAUUCAAAUGAAGACUUUUAUAACAUGCGUGAUUAAUGAUUAAUUUGCCCGAAAUAAGACAUUUGUUUGUACCAUGAAAUUUCGACUCAAUUAUUGGUCGGCGGUGAUUUAUUUAAUUUAAUCACUAUACUCUUUUUGAGAAUUUUUUUCUGUUUGGACUUCGGAGAACUUAUCUCCAGCUUCAUAUAAUGCGAGGAUUUCAUUACUAUCAGUUUACAUUGUUGUUGUCUUAGUUAGUUCGAAGAUAUGUUACGUGGUGUGUGGCAUUUUUUGCUGUAGUUCUUUUUUUCCUCUGUUCUUCUCUUUUUCAUGAUCAAGACUUUUACAUGAAAAGGUGUAUUUGUUUAAGAAGAGACUUUAACAUUAAAAGAAAUCCAUGG